AUGGGAAGAAGAUACACGGCAAUGGAAAAAGGGAAACAAGAGGUGCACCUAGCAGAACCGCCACGAACGGGUAGAGUGAAAGUCCCAGACUUUGACAACUCUGAGCUGGUCAAACAACACUCCCUUACUCUGAGCGGUCGAGUCACAAACCCUAAGAUCCAGCGACUCUGGUCGCUUAUACCCUUCUUUGUGGAACGCUGGAAGACAAAGACACCGGCAGUGGGUGCAGAUCUGGGACAAGGGCUGUUUCAAUUCAGUUUUGCUUCAAGAGAAGACAUGCAACUGGUACUGGAUGAAAGACCCUAUCACUUUGCCCACUGGAUGCACAUUCUCCAACAAUGGGAGCCAACAGUGGAUGCCUCAUUCCCAUCUCAGAUCCCUUUCUCGAUAAAAGUCCAGGGAGUCCCAGUUCAUUUAUGGAGCGAAGCCAUGCUCAGAAGUAUCGGAGAGGACUUGGGAACCUUUGAAAGUUGGGAGAUUACUAAGGCUCAUGCCAAAAUGCGAGUCCAUGUUAAUGGGCUCCUUCCCCUCCUCAAGACCUACACUCUGGAAUUUCCCAAUGGUGAUGUUGUAACAGCCACUCUAGUGUAUGAGAAACUUGAAAAACACUGCAACAACUGCCAGAUGCUAGAUCACGAAAUCGAGGAGUGUCCGGAACUUCCCAACCCUGAGGAACCAGCAUCCCCUCCUAAACCCCAGGUUAAGAAAGACAUGCCUAGAGAAGAGAAUCGGGAUUUAGGGCGCAGAAGUCUAAACCAGAGGCAAAGGGAGGUGCAUACCCGAGACUCUAGAAGGGAAGUACCGAGAAGCUACGGACAUCCCUACAGCUCCCAAAGCACGCGUAGGGAUAAGGAUCCGAGGAAAAUAAGACCAUACGAGACUCAGGGAUACCGCGCCAGAAAGAUAGCCCAUCAAGCGAACUAUCCAAACUACUCCCCCAGACAAAGCUACUCACAAAGAAUGUCAGGCUCCAGAUGGGUGGAAACGGGACGUAGACUGGAUAAUACUAUCCAUUCAGGAACCUGGAGCAGAAAUAGAGAAAAAGAAAUUGAGAAGUCAUAUGGUUCAAGCCGAGAUAGAAGAAGUGGAGAAAGAUUUAAUGCUCAAACCUCCAACGGCCAAAGAACACCAGUGGAAUCUUCUCACUCUAGAAGAUCAAAUCAAAACAAUCCGCCAAGAACCCCAGAAAGGGAACUGCCGGAAGAGGCGCUAACGGAAGCAAGAGGAGAAGUAAGGGAAGUCAUGGCGCAAUACUCCAACUGUGCUGAUCCGGUUGAAAGCGCUGCAAGGAAGGAAAGGUUGAGGUUAGCGGAAGAGAGAGGAGAAGUGGAACAAACUGCAGUCCAAAUGGUUAUACACUCUAUCCAAACCCAAUCACAGCAGGCAACAGAAGAAACCCUAGAGCCGCUAAUGCAUGAACGUCUCCCAGCAGUACAAAGAUUAAGCUUUGCUAAUCUAACGGAUAUACCAAUAACGGAGGAACCUGAGAGAAUUCCAGCUAAGAAGAGACUAGGAAGGCCACCUAACAAGAAGAAAGCAGGACUGAAACCACUAGCGAGUAUGGGACCUAGGGGAAAAAUAAGAAAAGUGGCUCAGAUCAGAAUCUCCCCAAAAAGAAGGCUUACCGUGGGAAGCUCCUCAAGGAAAAGAACUCAGUCAAACUCCCCUGCAUCUCAAGGAACAAGAGUGCAAACAGCGGAAGGGGUUCAAUCAGGAGAGCCGCCAAGGGUGAAUAUCAUACCAGCGAUAUCAAGAAGAAGGGUGGAUUUUCAGGAUCCAUCGCUUCCGCUCCCUUAA